ACUAGCUAUAAGCUAACGCAGGCUACCAUCACACAGGUAACUGGAAAAAGAAGACGACAUGAUACGACAUGAGCUACUGGGGAUAGCUGCAAAAUCACUGCUGCCUUUUGCAAUCAAAUUGGAGGUUUUGAUGGAGGCGAUGUUCUCACUCUCCCUGCGACCAUCAGGGUGUCUGUGGAGGUUUGGGUGAAGGACACGAACCUUGACUCUCAAAGCUUGCUGCUCUUCCCGGCCACUGCAAGAUUCAUUGAGCACAAGAUGAUGUCCGACGCCAGUGAUAUGUUGGCAGCAGCCUUGGAGCAAAUGGAUGGGAUCAUAGCAGGGUCCAAGGCCAUGGACUACUCCAACGGGCUGUUUGCCUGCCAGUCGCCCACUUCACCUUUCUUGGGUGGCCUUCGGGUGCUGCACCUGCUGGAGGACCUACGGGGAGUGCUGGAGCUCAUGGACAACGAGGAGAGGGACAACCUGCGUUGUCAGAUUCCUGAUUCCACUGCAGAAGGGCUGGCCGAGUGGCUGCAGGGACGAUUGACUAACGGCCACGGCUCAGAAGCAGUCUACCAAGAACGUCUGUCACGACUGGAAAGUGACAAAGAGUGUCUCAUUCUUCAGGUAAGUGUUCUAACAGACCAGGUGGAGGUGCAAGGUGAAAAGAUUCGGGACCUAGACAACUGCCUGGAUCAUCAUCGGGAGAAACUAAAUGCUACUGAGGAGCUGCUGCAACAGGAGCUGUUGAACCGGACAACACUGGAGACCCAGAAGCUGGAGCUAAUGACCGAGGUGUCCAGUCUGAAGCUGAAGCUGGCGGCUCACAGGGACAAUGAGGGCUUGUACCAAGAAGUAACCGACCUGCGGUUCAGGGUGACUGACAUAGAGAAUGAAAGACUGCAGUGUGAGAAGAAACUCAAAACUACCAAAGAGGAACUGCAGCUUUUGCAGAAACAGCUGGAGGAGCGAGAGGUGGAGCUGACGAGGCUAAAGGACGAGAGCAGACUGAGGGUGGAGAGCCACAACAGAGCUGAGGGAGGAGAAAGAGAUUCAGAAGUGUUGAAGAUGAAGAUGGCGUUGGAGUCACUGGCGUCGGCCAACGAUGUGAAGGAACGAAGGAUAAAGGAGCUGGAGGAGUCACUCACAAAGUGCAAGAAGGUGCAGCAGCUGGUUAAAGAAAAGUUGGAGGAAGAAGACUAUGACGAUAUCCCAGAGGAUCCCUCGGCUUCUGUAUCCAUGGAGAUGGAUCAGGUCACCCUGGUGUUGGAAGGGGAGGCAGGAAGAAACUCUGGCGAGUCUAUUCCAUGUAUAGCAGUGCUUUCUGAAAUGAAUGACCUGGACAGAGAACGGCAGAUACAGGCAGCCAAAAGUUCCUUAGACUUCCCACAGCCAAGCACCUCCGCCAUAAGCAGCAGCACUGACCCGGCCAAAGAUAAAGCCAGGCCUGGUUCCUCAUCCCCUACCAGAGCAAACACCACAAGUGAUGACAACUUUGGUUCCAAGAAGGCCCGUUCUUCUUUUGGCCGCGGCUUCUUCAAACUGCGUGGGGGCAAGCAGACAACCAGCUCUCCGAACCUGGCUGAGACGGAACGUAAAGGCACAGAGCACCUGGAUUUGGCCGGUGUCCCUCCGCAAAAAUCUCAUGAUGGGGCCCUUCUGCUGUCCUCCCCUGAAACCAAAAAGAAGUCCAAAGGCUUCAAGAAAUUCUUUGGCAGACUAAAGAGGAGUCACUCUACCUCCUUCAACCUGGAUGAUGCAGCGGAGAUGGAGUUCAGGAGGGGAGGAGUCCGAGCCACAGCCGGCCCUCGACUAGGCUGGUCACGUGAAACUAAACACAAUGCGCCUUUCUCGCAGUGGAGUAAAGACGAAGUGUGUGCAUGGCUGCAUGAGCAGAGCCUCGGGUUGUAUGUUGCCCAGGGUCAGAGCUGGAUCAAAUCGGGACAAACACUACUGCAGGCAACACAACACGAUCUGGAGAAGGAGUUGUCCAUGAAGCAGCCUCUCCACAGGAAGAAGUUGCAGCUGGCUCUACAGGCUCUCGGGUCAGAGGAGGACGAUUUAAAGGGCAGACUGGACAGCAACUGGGUGACCAGGUGGCUGGAUGACAUCGGCCUCCCGCAGUACAAAAGUCACUUUGAUGAGGCUCGUGUUGAUGGACGCGUGCUGCACUACAUGACGGUGGAGGACUUGCUGUCUCUGAAGGUGGGCAGUGUUCUCCAUCACCUCAGCAUCAAGAGAGCCAUUCAGGUCCUCCGCCUCAACUGCUACGAACCCAACUGUCUCAGGCGAAGACCCUCUGAUGAGAACAACAUGACACCAGCAGAGAUCUCCCAGUGGACCAACCACAGAGUAAUGGAGUGGCUCCGGUCUGUGGAUUUGGCAGAAUACGCCCCAAAUCUGAGGGGCAGUGGUGUUCAUGGAGGACUGAUGGUGUUGGAGCCCCGCUUCAACGUGGAGGCGCUCGCCCUUCUGCUCAACAUUCCUCCCAACAAAACCCUGCUGAGACGCCACCUGGCCACACACUUCCACCUGCUCGUCGGCUCCGAGGCGCAGCGGCUCAAACAAGACUGUCUGGAAAACCCAGAUUACACCGUUCUCACGGCCACCGCCAGGGUCAAGGUAAAGCCUAGACGCCUGUCAUUCGGUGGUUUUGGUACUUUGAGGAAGAAACGUCAGGAUGACGGCGAGGACUACAUCUGUCCCAUGGACGUGGAAAUGCCCAAGAGCAGCAGCUUCCAGAAGGGCCUCCGGAUCUAUGAGGGACACCUUGACCACCUGGAACAGAUGGAAGACUCUGAAGGGACUGUGAGACAGAUAGGAGCAUUUUCUGAGGAAAUCAACAAUCUAACGAUCAUGCUGAAGGAAGACGAGUUUUGUCAUGAGAUCUCCGUCGAAGCGGCAGAAACCGAUCCCAACUCUGGUGUUUGAUUGAGACACUUUGUGAAAAAAGAAUGAACUGUGCCAACCAGAAUCCAAAUCCUCCACCAACCGUUGUAGUACAACAUGUGAGACCUCCACUUUUACAGUUUUUUCAUUGUUCAGAACUACAGCCAUAUUUUGACAUAUUUAUUUAAGCUGUCCAAAAUAUGAUGCAUGAACUUAAAAUGCAACAUUUUAUUGCAUUAA